UUGAUGUGUAUUCAUUCGUUUAAUUAAUCAUCAUUUGAAGUUACAAAGUAUCUCACUAUGGGUAUCAAAAUGAGUCCCCUUGUUCAAGGUACUAGAAUCUUCAGGAGGUUUUCAAAUUCCGGAGGUGUCCCCAAAGGUCAUUGUGCAGUAUAUGUUGGAGAAAACCAGAAGAAAAGAUUCGUCGUACCAAUAUCUUACUUGAACCAGCCUUUAUUUCAAGACUUAUUAACUCAAGCUGAAGAACAUUUUGGCUUCGAUCAUCCAAUGGAUGGCCUCACAAUACCUUGCCAAGAGGAUGUAUUCAUUGAUCUCACAUCUCGCUUGUGGAGAUUGUGAGUAGGAUCACAGUGCAAAUUCUUUUGCAAAUGAAAUUUUGUAAAGUUGUAGGACUUAAAUAUUAGAAUGAGUAGAUUGAGAGAGGAACUUUCACUGUAUGGUUUAGAAACACACGAACCUCGAAAAUUCUUCCAUGAUCAAUUUAUGAAUAGAAAAUGUUCUAGUUCAGAUUAA